GCGCCCGCGCAGAAAGCGGUGGCAGGUGAACCCGGUUGCUGGGACUGCCGAGCUUCUUGCCUUGCGAGCGGUGGGCUUCCGCCUCACCCAGGCUCCUGCCGAGAACUUUGUCCUGCUUCCCUCCUCGACCCUUCAGGAGGCCCCUGAUCAGGUGGCUCUGAACCCCUGCUCCGUUCUCAGGACCCACUCUCGACCCCUGACCUUACUUUUUCAACCGCUCCGAGACUCCUGCACCGCGUCCCCUGUCCCCGUUUCUUUCAGUUGCCUGGGGAGUUCUGGUGGAGGAUCUCCCCUAUCAGGGAGACUGAAGCAUGGGGCCCGCCGGGGUCCCCGUGCCUCCGGAAGAGGAGGCGGGAAGAUAUGCUGUCGCCCCUGACUGCUCAGCUUCUCCUGUGUAAUCAGCUGCCCUUUUGGAAAUUAGGCAGGGGUUGCGACUGCAUGCGAUGCCACUGACUGGCUUUCAGCAUACCAUGCAGAAGUAAGAUGUUCCCGGCAUUGGAAACCGAGCGAAAGCAAGAGACUCUUCCUGAUCCCUAUGAGGACUUUAUGUACCGUCACCUCCAAUACUAUGGCUACUUUAAAGCCCAGAAAGGCAGUUUACCAAACUCAGCUACACAUCAGCAUGUUCAGAAGAAUAAUCCUCACUACCUACUGAAUGUCUCUUUUGGAGAAAGAAAUGAUUUGAUACCAGAUACUCUGCAAAAGGAGAAACUUCUGUAUUCACUUAUGUUGAGUUCACCACUUCUUAGGAGCAGACAGCUUCUUUUUGAUGAGUUGGACCAAGUAAACCCACGUCUUCGAGAACCUCGAGAACUCUUUGCCUUUUUCUCUAGCAAAGGGACACUUCAGGCUCCAAGAUGGCCAAUAGAAUGUGAGGUCAUCAAAGAAAGCAUUCAUCAUAUUGAGUGGGUUCCACCUCAGCCAGAAUAUUUCUAUCAACCUACAGGAAAUGAAAAGGUACCAGAAAUUGUAGGAGAGGAAAAAGGCACAGUUGUCUACCAUUUAAAUCCAGUGCCCACUGAAGGUUCCUAUUUCACCAGUUCAAGAGUGGGAGGCAAACGAGGAGUUAUCAAGGAACUUGCUGUCACAUUGGAAGGACCAGAAGAUGAUACUCUACUCUUUGAGUCAAGAUUUGAGAGUGGGAAUCUGCAAAAAGCUGUCCAAGUAGACACCUACGAGUAUGAACUCACCUUGCGAACUGACCUCUACACCAAUAAACACACACAGUGGUUUUAUUUUCGAGUUCAAAACACCAGAAAAGAUGUCACCUAUCGCUUCACCAUUGUCAACUUGCUGAAGCCUAAGAGCCUGUAUACUGUAGGCAUGAAACCACUCAUGUACUCCCAAUUGGAUGCCAACAUCUACAACAUUGGUUGGAGGAGAGAAGGAAAUGAAAUCAAGUACUACAAGAAUAACACAGACAAUGGGCAGCAGUCUUUCUACUGUCUUACGUGGACCAUUCAGUUUCCACAUGACCAGGACACUUGCUUCUUUGCACACUUUUACCCAUAUACAUACACUGAUUUGCAGUGCUACCUCUUGUCAGUGGCAAAGAACCCCAUCCAGUCUCAGUUCUGCAAGCUCCGAACUUUAUGCAGGAGCUUAGCAGGAAAUACUGUCUACUUGCUCACCAUCACCAACCCAUCCCCGACCCCUCAUGAAGCUGCUGCAAAGAAAGCUGUGGUCUUGAGUGCCAGAGUGCACCCUGGGGAAAGUAAUGCCUCCUGGAUUAUGAAAGGCUUUUUGGAUUUCAUCCUUAGCAACUCCCCAGAUGCCCAGCUCCUUAGAGAUAUUUUUGUCUUCAAGGUAGUUCCCAUGUUAAAUCCAGAUGGCGUGAUUGUGGGGAAUUAUAGGUGUUCAUUGGCUGGAAGGGACUUGAACAGGCAUUAUAAAACCAUCCUGAAGGAGUCUUUUCCUUGCAUCUGGCACACGAGGAACAUGAUCAAAAGACUUCUUGAAGAAAGAGAGGUUCUUUUAUAUUGUGAUUUUCAUGGUCACAGCCGUAAGAAUAAUAUCUUCCUGUAUGGCUGCAAUAACAACGACCGGAAGUACUGGCUUCAUGAGCGAGUCUUUCCUUUAAUGUUAAGCAAAAAUGCACCAGAUAAGUUUUCUUUUCAUAGUUGUAAUUUUAAGGUCCAAAAGUGCAAAGAAGGAACAGGAAGAGUAGUGAUGUGGCGAAUGGGAAUCCUAAACAGCUAUACCAUGGAGUCUACCUUCAGUGGGUCUACCCUAGGCAGUAAAAGAAACAUUCACUUUACUAUUGAGGACCUGAAGUCCCUGGGUUAUCAUGUGUGUGACACCCUUCUGGAUUUCUGUGAUCCUGAUAAAACAAAGUUUACUCAGUGUCUAGCAGAACUCAAGGAACUCUUACAACAGGAAAUCCACAAGAAAUUCAAUGAACGUGGAGAAGAAGUGAAUUUAGAAGGAAGUUGGAGUGACAUCUCUUUGUCUGAUAUUGAGUCCAGCACCAGUGGUUCUGACAGCUCCCUCUCAGAUGGUCUCCCUGUUCACCUACUGAACAUAGUAGAUGAGUUGAAUCAAAAGAUGAUGUCUAAGAAGAAAAAAAAGAAGCCACUUCAAACUAGGAAACAGCGAAAUGAGCUGCAUCAGAAAAAUAAGUUGAUGCCAGAGUUCAAGUUAACAGAAGAUGCCUCCGACAGGGCAGAACUUGGUCCUACUCUGCAAAAGCAGUCUACCUUUUACAAAACUUUGGAGAAUUUCAGAUCUUCAGCAAUGAAAAAUGAAAAACUAAGCCUCAGUGAGUUAAAUGGAGGAGAGAGAAGCACCUCCAUGGACUCCAAAAUGACACUGAUUCUACGUAAGAAUAAAGAGAAAAUGCAGGGUCUUCUGGAGAACCUGCUUCUAUGUGUGGGGCUCCUAAAGGACUAUAAAGACAAGAUCCUCUAUGAGUGACAGAAACUGAAGAGCAAAGAAAAGAGGUUUCAAUGAAGUCAAAUCAGAAAAUUUUCCAAGUGCUAUGAUACAUGCCUAAACUAAACAGGAGGCUUGCAGCUUUGAGGCCAGCCUGAACAACUUAGCAAGACCCUGUCCCAAAAUAAAAAGUAAAAAGGACUGGAGGUAAAGAAACUGGUAAAUGAGGAACUUGUCCUUUUUCCUCAUUUAGCAUUCAUUUCACAAGGUCUGUAGGUAACUAAAUCCAUAUUCCAAAAAUAAAACAUACUAGUUAGAUUGUGACAAGUAACCAUGGAUUAAACUAAAUACAAUAUACUGGAUGAAAGCCAUCCAAACUUUAAUCUUUACUUAAUUUGCUUAAAAUUUCUAGUGGAAUAUUUCUCUAACGGGGAUAUGGGCAUAUCAGAUAAACAAUUGAAUAUGUGGGGCAGCUAUCUUGAUGGAUCAAGUUUUUCUCUUUGUGUAAUGUUUCUAGACAACUUAUGAAAUACAGUCCCUCUGCUUCUUGGGGCAAUUCAAGUGUUGCUUCUGCACCUUGACUUGGUGAGAGACUAGGACAAAUGCUUAAUUUACCUCUGUCCUGUAACAAUGUUGACCACUUGGGCAUGGGGGAAAAAACACAAAUACUCGCCACUAAUUCCUAGUAAGGCCAACCUGAGUCCUAAUUGUAACUGUAGAAUUUGCAAAAGAAAGUGAGUUCAACUCUUCUAUCUUGUUUGCACAGAGUAAGAGGCCAGGUUUUACACCAUCAUGCCCCCAAAGAGGAAGCACAGACUCCAGCCAAGAGUCAGCUCCAGGUAUGAAGCCAAACUGGCCUAGGAACAGAUAUCCUGUCACAAAAAGAAGCACCACUGCUAUG